AUGAUAAUACUUCAUGCCAGACUAUCAGAAAGUAAAGCCCACCCCCAUCUAUCUAUCUAUCUAUCUAUCUAUCUAUCUAUCUAUCUAUCUAUCUAUGUCUGUCUGUUCUAUAUCCUUAUAUCUCUGUUCAUUUCUAUCUUUGUUCUAUCUAUCUAUCUAUCUAUCUCAGGCUGUUCAUAUCUUAGUCUGUUCAUAUCACUUUGUUCCUAUCUAUCUAUCUAUCUAUCUAUCUAUCAGUCUCAGGCUGUUCAUAUCUUAGUCUGUUCAUAUCUCUUUGUUCAUAUCUCUUUGUUCAUAUCUAUCUAUCCAUCUAUCUACCUAUCUGUUUGUUCAUUAUCUAUGUAUUUAUUUAUCUCAUUCUUUUCAUAUCUCUUUGUUCAUAUCUAUCUCUCUAUCUAUCCAUCUAUCUACCUAUCUGUUCAUAUCUAUCUAUCUAUCUAUCUAUCUAUCUAUAUCUAUCUAUCUAUCUAUCUAUCUCAUUCUGUUCAUAUCGCUUUGUUUAUAUCUAUCUUAUUCUUUUCAUAUCUGUUUGUUCAUAUCUAUAUAUCCAUCUAUUUACCUAUCUGUUUGUUCAUAUCUAUCUAUCUAUCUAUCUCAGCCUGUUCAAAUCAUUUGUUCGUAUCUAUCUAUCUAUCUAUCUAUCUAUCUAUCUAUCUAUCUAUUUACUUUGUUUCGUAUUUCUUAGCUUCGUCAAGAGAAAGAUCCUAUUGCUGGAGGUGUACAUUUCGGAUUUGCUCUCCACUGAAAAAAUAA